AUGAACGACACCGCUUCGGCAUUGAUCGAACGCCAGUCCCCGCUCGAUCUCAUCGGCAUUGCAGUCGAUGUCUAUACUGCGCUCAUGGGGUUGGCCAAUAGCGAUUGGGAAAGAGAAGCGGCAUUCACACAGGGUACGGUGGCGAACAGCAUGAGUCAGGCCCCGACGAAGAAUGUUCUGGUAUAUCAUGACCAAGGAAGCACCUUCACUCCUAGUGGGGAUGUGCAGCAUGAGCACUACCAGUUGGAUCUGGACCUCGGAGGAACCAAGGGCUACGAAAUCCUAGUAUUCGACUCUGGCACGUUCAAACUUGCUGGAGACGGCGGUUUCAUCAACUGGUGCUACGGCGGCAGCUUUGCGAACAACCCAGACGGUUCAGUAACCUUCAAUACUACCAACUGCACACCGCCAGCUGACUAUGUUGACGUUACUCACGGAGGGUUGUUCAACCGGGAGCAAGUAUCUUCAAUUACCUUCCCGAGCGCUGGCACUACAGUGAACUGGAACAUCUUCGGAGACUCGGGCGCUGCUCCUGAAGCUACUGGGUAUAGCGCGACGGUGGGCAAUGGCUCUACUCCGUGA